AUGCUAAAGGCUAGUUGGAUCUUUGAAAGAGGUGGACGGUGGAGAGUGGGGAAUGGUGAGUCCAUUAAUAUUAUUGGUGAUGAUUGGCUCCCACAUGGUUCUCCCAUGCUUUAUCGGGAAGAUGCUUUUGCUGAAUUGCACUUGAACAAGGUAGCUGAUUUAAUAUCUAAUGGCACUUGGAGACAUGAUUUGAUUGAAUAUGUUUUUAGCCCGGCGACGGCGACUUGUAUUCUUGUUGUUCCCUUGCCUUUGCAGGUGUAUUCUGAUAUACUUUUUUGGUCGGAGACUUUUGACGGUUGGUAUACCUCCAAAUCUGGCUAUGAUUUUAUUCGGAGAUGGCAAUACCAGGCGGAGGCUUCAUCCUCCACGGUUUUUGUCCUUCCUACAACAUUUUGGCAAAGGAUUUGGAAGUCAACGACGAUUCCUCGGUGCAAAGAGGUGGUUUGGAGAGCUAGUUCUGGAUUCUUACCGGUUAGAGCGUCGCUUCGUCAGAGGGGCAUGGAUGUUGAUCCAUCUUGCCCGUGGUGCGGUAUAGAGGAGGAGACGACCAGCCAUGUUCUGUUUCAGUGCCCGGUGGUGGCACGUUUUUGGUUCGUUGCUUUGGGUCUUCAUGUGGACGAUGGGGGGGGAUUUUCAUGA